UUAGGCCGCGCGCAGCGCUCGGUGUCACGUGGGGGCUCGCAGCCGGGACGCGUCCCCUCUGCGCGCGGGACCACCGCGCUGACUUCCUGCGGCCUGGUGACGGCUUCCAGUCCGUCCCCACCACCCCAAGAAAGGAGAAAGGAAAGCGCGAGGAGCCGCUGUCGUCCUCAGCGCCGCCGCGCCAGAGAGGAGGAGACCGGCAGACGCCCGCCGCCCCUUCCCGCCGCCGGCUCCGCGUCUUGGGACACCCCUAGCAGCCUGUGGAGACAUGGUGGACUACUACGAAGUUCUGGGUGUGCAGAGACAUGCCUCGGCCGAGGACAUUAAAAAGGCGUACCGGAAGCUGGCGCUGAAGUGGCACCCGGACAAAAACCCCGACAACAAGGAGGAGGCGGAGCGGAAGUUCAAGCAGGUGGCCGAGGCCUACGAGGUGCUGUCCGACGCUAAGAAGCGGGACCUCUACGACAAGUACGGCAAAGAAGGACUGAAUGGAGGCGGAGGCGGGAGCCACUUCGACAGCCCGUUCAGCGAGUUCGGCUUCACGUUCCGGAACCCGGAGGACGUGUUCCGGGAUUUCUUCGGAGGAAGGGACCCGUUCUCGUUCGACUUCUUCGACCCCUUCAACGACGACUUCUUCGGGAACCGCCGGGGCUCCCGCGUGAGCAGGACCCGCGGCGCAGGCUCCUUCUUCUCCGCCUUCAGCGGGUUCCCGUCUUUCGGAGGAGGGUUUGCUGCUUUCGACACAGGGUUCGGGUCCUUGGGCCACGGGGGCCUCACCUCCUUCUCCUCCACGACGUUCGGUGGCGGGGGGAUGGGCAGCUUCAAGUCCGUGUCCACGUCCACCAAGAUGGUCAACGGCAGGAAGAUCACGACGAAGAGGAUCGUCGAGAACGGUGAAGAGAGAGUGGAGGUCGAGGAGGACGGCCAGCUCAAGUCCCUGACGAUAAAUGGUGUGGCCGACGAAGCAGCGUUCCUGGAGGCGUGCCGGCUCCGGGGCCAGCAGGCGCUGCCCGCACAGCCCGCCGGCACCAGCGCCCGCCUGCCGAGGCCCCCCCGGCCAGCCCCGCUGCCCAAGCACCCGUCCCCUCCCCGGGUCGGCCAGGAGGAGGACGACCCCGCCGGCCGGCACCGGGCCAGCAGCAACUGGGACCCCUCCGUGCUCACAGGACUCAAAGACGGCGGCAAGAGGAAGAAGCAGAAGCACAGGGAUGAGUCCAAGAAGAAGAAGUCGACCAAGGGCCACCACUGAGCGCGGGGCCGCGCCGCCGCGCCGGGCGGCGAGUGCGCACGCUAGGUAGGGCAGCGCCGCGCGGCCCCGGACACGCCCCCUCCCGGCACCCGGCGCCCAGGGGCGGUGGCGGCCUCGCUCCCCGGCACCGAGAUAGCGUCCCCCUCCCCCCUCCCCGGCGUGGCUGUGCCUCCCCCUGGUCCUCCCCCGGCGCCGCCCUGGCGCCACCCCCCGACGUAGCUGUAGCUUUAGCGGCGUGACGACGACCAGGCUCAGACAGGCUGCGGCGUCUGCCCGUCCGUUCCCGGCGGCGCUCCUGCCCCAUGGCACACGGUUCUGGGGACGGGAAGAUAGCGUGUGUAGGUGACUCACAGGCAACACACUUCGCAGCCGAGCCCGGACCGGCGGGCGCCUCUCGGGAGCCGGGGCUGCCAGCCCGGUCCUCCCGGCGCCGUCCCGGCCGACCCCAAUGUCCCCGGUUCCCACUCCUCCCGCCUCUCUGCCCCGGACCCGUGAGGGCUCUGUUCAGCGCGCGGCGGGGUUCCACGGGGCUGCGUUCGGAGAGGCCCCUCUGUCUGUGAGGUGGGGCAGGGGGCCGAGCUGUCAGCGCGCACACCCGCACGCACACGCGUGUGCCACCGGCUCCUGCUCUGGCGACACCGCGGCCUCUGGCGGCUGCUUUGCAUGAGCUGCUGCUUUGCCCUUCGCUGCCCCGGUGCAGCCCUAACCCUGCUGCUCCCGCGGGGCGUCCCUCCUGCCGACGCCCGAGCCCACCGCUCGCCCGCCUCUCCCUCUCCCUCGUGGAGGAGGGGGCGGCCGGACGUGUGGACGCGACGCGAACACGCCAGCGGCCGAGCCCACAGUGGUGUGGCCGGGAAGCUUCCGCGCGGCGCCCAGGCCGGCCGCCAGGGGCGCGUGACGUCUGGGCGGUGCGCCACGCUGGCGGCGCGGCCCCGGGGUCCGACGCUCGCUGCGGGGACAGGGGACAGCGGCCUGGCGCGCCGCCCGCGUGAAUAAAGUGUGAGUGUCUCCGCGCG